UAGGAUUUGGUGCUGGAGAGUGAUGGAAGCUAGAAAUGGGAGUACAAAUAGGGAUAGGGUUGCCUUUGAGGUACGCUAAGAUACGGUUGAGAGAAUCAACCCAAGUGCAUGUCAACGUUUGGACGCUGGGCAUUGAGAGGAGGGAGCAGGGAGGUGUCAGAAGAGAAGAAAGCAGAUGGAGAGAGAAGAGGGAGGCGUGUAAUUAUGAACAUAGCCUGCAAUCAAAUUAAUAAGACUCGGGACUUUUUGCCAGAAAAUGCCAAUUCUGCGUAACCGUUAACCCCACGCGGCAAACCAUUUCAUGCCCUCCUUUAAUUCCUGCUCCUCCCCCUCACUUGCCUUUCCUUAAUUGCCAUCUCUUCUCGGCCUGUGCUUGGCGUUUCGCCGGAUAUGUCGCCGGUGGAGACCAGCAAGGGAUGGAGUGGGGAGGAAGGCAAGCAUUACCCUUCCCCACUCGCGACGCACGAGGAUGUGGUCAAGGACCCCACCCUAUUCUGGGACACUCUCAGGCGUUUCCACUUCCUCAUGGGUACCAAGUUCAUGAUUCCUGUGAUUGGAGGGAAGGAACUGGAUUUGCACGUUCUUUACGUGGAGGUUACGAGGAGGAGUGGCUAUGAAAAGGUGGUGGCAGAGAAGAAAUGGAGAGAAGUGGGGAAUGUGUUCAGGUUCUCUCCCACCACAACGAGUGCUUCUUUCGUACUCAGGAAACACUACUCGACUCUUCUUUACCAUUACGAACAAGUCCACUUCUUUAAGGCUCGGGGUCCUCUGUACACUCCAUCUGCUGCUGCAUUUUCUGUCAGCAACCAGUCAUGGAGACCUGAAUUAGCUAUUGUGGAAUACUCACCCCAGCGGAUAAACGAGUGUCCUGAAUCCCACAGCGAAGAUAAUUCGGGCAGCGAAGUGAAGGGAAUGAUAGAGGGGAAAUUCGACUGUGGGUAUUUGGUGUCAGUGAAAGUGGGGACAGAGGUGCUGAGAGGGGUGCUUUACCACCCAGAGCAAUCGGAAACCUGCGCAUCGGCUUCGCAGAAUAGGAAUGCGAUGGUGGCCUACAAUGGAAAAGGCGGAGGCGUGGGCAGGAGGAGGAGGAACAGAAGGAGGUGGGACCCAAACUACCCGAAGCCCAACAGAAGCGGCUAUAACUUCUUUUUUGCAGAGAAGCAUUACAAGCUCAAAGCGCAGUAUCCCAACAGAGAGAGGGAGUUCACCAAGAUGAUCGGCCAGUCGUGGAGCAGUCUGAGCGCGGAGGAGAGAAUGGUAUACCAGAACAUUGGGUUGAGAGACAAGGAAAGGUACAAGAGAGAAUUGAGGGAGUACAAGGAGAAAAUGAAGGUCGCUCCCGCCGCGGAGCUUUCCGGUGUUUAAUUUCAGACUUGGCAGGCAUGGAAGCUGCAGUAUUAUUAGCGCAUUGCCAUCAUAUUGAAUGAAUAUUGUGGUUCGCUAAUACUGGCUCCCGUGGACUGCUCCCCCUUAUGCCUUACCAUGCAAUUUCUUUUUUUCAUUCACUCCCAAUGCUCUGAGGAUUCACUUUUGUUGCCGAAUCUUGAUUGAUCAAAUCAAAAUUCAGUGAUUUAGAUUUCA